AUAAAUAAGGAUGACUAGUAAUUAUUAGAUAGGCGGAAUUUUAUUUUAAAAGAUUAAUUAUUCAAUGCGAACUCAAUCCCUAUUCUUAAUUUACCUCUCAGCACCAACUCAACUAUUCCCGUGGACAACGGCAGCUCUGUUCUCGAUUUCUCUGUGUGCUUCGCGAUGGCUGAUGCAAACAUCGUUUGCUCCAUGUGCGGCGAUGUCGGCUUCGCCGAUAAGCUCUUCCUCUGCUCCCGCUGCAACCACCGAUUCCAGCACUCCUACUGCACCAACUACUACGAGGAGGCCACCUUUGCCGCCCCCGCCGUCUGCGACUGGUGCAUCAGCGAAAGUAAGAGCACGAGUGAAUCAAAGCGUGGCUCCUCCAUCCUCUGUUCAAAGAAGCUGCUGACGGCCAGCAGAGGUCACUCUACCGGUAGCAGUGGCGAAGGCUCCGGCGACGACCGAAAGGUUAAGCAACGUCGUUUCCGGGAGGAAACCCGCGGCCGCGUCAAGUCCGACGUCACCAGUACUGCUUCUUCCAAGCCCACAGGCCGCAGGUACAAGCUUCUCAAGGAUGUCCUAUCCUGAUCAUAUGAACAGAGCUUUGCUAAUUAGUACAUAUAUGUAUAGCAUAGUCUGCAGUGCGUGUGUAUAGCUAGUUGAUCAUCAUAAAAUGUUAAUUAAUUUGCUAUAUGUUCAAGUAGUGGUAUAACAUAUAUAAUAGUUUAAUGGGGGCAAAGGCACUUGCAAUGGAUGCGAUUUUG